AAUGCCGGAUCCCUAACCCACCGAGAGGGGCCAGGGAUCAAACCCUCAUCCUCAUGGAUACUACUCCAGUUCAUUUCCACUGAGCCACAAUGGGAACUCCCAGAAUGUGUGUAGCUUUGAUUAUCUUCCUACUCGUGAGUUGUCUACCAUGGGGUUAUGGGUCUUGACUAUACUACAUCUUCUCUCCCCCAACCCAUGUCGUUGUGGUUCCUCCUUUCAGAGCUUUUCUGCUAGUCCUCAGGGUAUUCUCAUCAAUAGUUGCUCCGUAAACAGUUGUAAUUUUGGUGCCCCCGGGGGAGCAGGUGAGCUCAGGAUCUUCUCAUUCUGCCAUCUUGGCCAGCUUAGAUCUCAGGGGGUUAGGGAUUCGGCAUUGCUGGGAACUGAGCCCCACAUCAGGAUCCUCAGCCCAGGGGUCCUGCACCAGGAAGACAAGAUCCCAGGACAUGUGCCUUUCAAGGCCAGUGGGGCUUACUUCUGCGAGAGCCAGACGGCUGGCAGAAAUAGAGAAUCCACUCUUAAAGGGUGCUGACAAAUCUCACAUGUUCUGAGAUCUAAGGUAGAAGUAGUAAUUUGAAGGAAAAAAAAAGCCUGGGAGAGACCCACUUGCUGGUGUUGGAGAGCCUUCCAGAGAGGCCGGAGGCAACUGAGACUUCUCCUAGGGCCAAAGAUACUAUUAGCAAAACAAAUACUUUUGGGAGUUCUUUCUACCAUGGAACACUAGUGCUGGCAAGCACCAUUGUGGAAUCUUCCCUCUAGCUUGUUAAUGCUAGGAACUGGCUGUGCCCACCAGAGGGCCCAAGACCUGGCCCCUCCCACCAGUGAGCCAACGUUAACUCCAGGACCCCCUGCGCCCCAGCCUUGCCCCCCUGGACUGAAGGGUUGACACCAGCUCUGGGACACCUGGGCUCUUCAGCUAGAGACUUCAGGACAUAGCUCUGCCCACCAGUGGGUACAAAAUAGCUCCAGGUCUCCCCUGGGCCCCAGCCCCACCAACCAGCAGGAAGAUGCCAGCCCUGGAACCACCACAGCCCAAUAAUCAGCCAUGUCAGAACCCGACCCUUCCAUGAGCGGGAUGGCCCCAGCCCCAGGAAACCUAGAGCCUGACCUUUCCCACCAAUGAGCCAAAACCAGCACUGGGAUACCUGGGGCCUCUUAUUCAGCUGCCUCAGGAUAUAAGCUCACCCAGCGGCCGGCCAGCGGCAGCUCUAGGACAUCACAGACUCCAUAGCCAGCAAUGUAAGAAACUGGGUUCACCCACCAGCAGGCUGACACCAGCUCCAGGACCCUCACCCCCACAGCCAGGCACCCCAUGACUUGGAUCCACCCUCCAGUGGGAAACACGAGCCCUGGGACACGUGGGGAGCUGACUCAUGACACAGCUCCACCACUAGCAGGCUGGUACCAGGACCAAGACAACACAGGCCCUGCAGCCAGUUGUGCUAGGACCCAGGCCCACUCACCAGCAGCCAUCAGCCUCUGAACCAUGCAGGAACAAGAGAAGAAGGCUUGCUUUCGGUGCCUCUACUCCAGACUGUAGUGGAAGUCCUAGCCAGAGCAAUGAGGCAAAAAAAGAAAUGAAAGACAUUCUUAUUGGAAAGGAAGAAGUAAAACUAUCUCUAUUCUCAGACGACAGGAUCUUCUGUAUAGAACACCCUGAAGAAUCCACAAAACACCCUUAGCCUUGAUGAACAAAUUCAAUCGAGGCGCAGCCUACACGAUCGACACACAAAAAUCAGUUGAAUUUCCAUGGACCAGCGGGGAAGAAAAAUCCAUAAUGACAGUGACGACAGUUCCAUUUCAGAUAGGAUCAAAAGGAAGAAAAUACACAGGAAUACGUUUCGCCAAGGAGGGGAAGAAUUUUGCACUGAAAACGACGAAUCAUUGUGGAAAGAAAUGAAAGAUGACCUAAAAAAGCUGGACGGUGGGAAGACAGCAGGAGUCAUGGACUGGAAGACUUAGCACUGUUAAGGUAGAAAUCCCACCCCAAGUUGUCUAGAGAAUUCAUUCAAUGCCUAUCAAAUCCCCAGUGCCCUGCUUUACAGAAGUGUCACAGCCAACGCUGAAUGCAUCCGGAAUUUCCAGGGACCUUGACUAGCCCACGUCAUCCUGGAAGAGAAGGAAACAGCUGGAGGACUCGCACGUCCCUAUUUCAAACCUUAGGAUAAAGCUCCAGUUAUCAAAGCUGGGUGGUACCAGCCUAAGGGGAGACCCGUUUGCCAACGAGAGAGAGGCACAAGGCGCGAGUCCCCCAAACGUCCAGCGAGGGACGAUGGCAUCCGCCGCCUAAGCGAUGACGAGAGUCAGGCAGCGGACCGCCAUUCAGCCAGGAAAGGACCGUGGUGCCGCUUCGUGCCAUCAGGGGAGGAACGCUGAUGCCAACGUUAUGCGAAGGGAAAGCUGCCAGACACAGAAGACCACCUGCUUAUUGGAGGGGUGCCUCUCUAGGAACAAGGGUCCCUGGAAGCCGAGCGCGAGCACCCCGACCAAUGAGGGGCCGCCCCGACCCGUGGUCGCUGGGCUACGCAGUGGAGGCCCGAGGGGAGCGGUUGUCUUGAGACGUCGCGACCAGCUGGCACCUCCCAGGGCACCUCGGCGCACCUCGUGGCACCUCUUGGAGCUCAUCGCGCUGCACCCCACGGCAGAGGUAGCUAGGCCCGUCGGUCGGUCCGUCGGAGAAGGCGCCCCCAACGCCCAGCCGCCGCAUGCCCGGGAAAAGGAGCCGUCGAAAGUCACCCGGUCGCCAGGGGCGGACCUGCGCCCGCACCACCCGAGCCGGGCUGUCCGCCUCCGUGAGCCACAUGGAGCGCCUCCUGCGGGAGGGCCCCUACGCCCAGUGCCUGAGCUCGUCCGCCCGGGUCUUCCUCGCGGCCACCAUCGAGUACCUGACGGCCAGGGUCCUGGAGCUGGCGGGCGACGAGGCCCAGAUUGUGGGUAGGAGGUGCAUCACCCCAGAGCUGGUGGCCAUGGCGGUCCACAACAACGCCCUGCUCAGCGCCUUCUUCGGAACCCUCGCCAUCUCGCAAGUGGCCCCGACCCAGGAGUAGCUGCCCGACGCGCCCUGGAUGUCCUGGCCCCAGCCCCUCACAGCCCCGGAAGCCCCGGCCUGCCUCCCUGCCUGCCUCCUCGGGCAGACUCGUUGCCAGGCAAUACACGUGUUUAAAGAAACCCUC